AUGGUUCUCAUUGUCAAUUUACAGAUCAUUCUUGUUUUAUUAGUUCAACAAAACUGUGACAAUUAUUGUUCUUCUAAAUCGUUAUGUCGUCCUCAAUAUGAUCAUUAUGGACAAAAGCCAUUGUGUAUAUGCUCAAUGAACUCAUAUGGUCCACGUUGCUUUAUUGAACGACAAUGUCAAAUGAAAACCGGUGCAAAUCCAUGUCAAAAUGGUGGAAUAUGUGUAACUAAAUAUGAACAUUAUAAUUUAAUUGACAGUUACAAGUGUAAGUGUCCAAAGUAUUAUUUCGGCCCAAUAUGUCAAUAUCGAUCAGGUUCAAUAGAAAUUCAUUAUGUUUCGGAAAAUCAUUCAGUUACUUUGUCUGGUGCCACAAUUAAGGCGACAGUGAUACAGUUAUUCAGUAUUACUAAUCGUGAAGAAUUGGACUUAGAAAAACAAAUCCUCUACAAAGAUAGUUUACCUUCACAUGUGAUAAUUACUUCUGGUAAUAACAUUCAUCCACUUUUUGGAUUAGUUAAACUGUAUACAAAUCAAUCUAGAAUUCAAUAUCACCUGCUAUAUGCAAAUUCAGCUACAAAAUCAACAUUAAAUCUAACUUUGAAGUUGAACAAAGAGAAUUAUUGUCCACAUACAAAUGAUAUUUUUAAUUUACUUAAUGACACCUAUCAAACUCGAAAUAUUGUCGCCAAAUAUCAUACUUUAUGUGAAAAUAUUACAUCUAAAAAUUCAUCAUUAUUAUGUUUUAUUGAUGAUAAUUAUUUCUGUUUGUGUGAUGAAAAUGCUAUGGCUCAAUGUUUUCCUUAUAACGAAAAAUUCGAUCAAUGUAAAGAAUGUUUAGUGCAAGGACGAUGUAUCAAAGGUAAUAUUGAUUCACCAAAUGACUAUUUAUGCCUGUGUCCUCGAUGUCAUUUUGGUUCAAAAUGUCAACACAAUACAGCGAUGUUCAGUUUCACGUUGGACUCUCUUAUUAGUCCUGAUUUCCUAUCAAUAUCAUCUGUCAAAAAAAAAGUAUCUUUAAGUAUGUAUAUCUUUGUACCAGCACUACUCUGCGCCACUGGUGCUAUUUCUAAUCUCUUUGCAUACGUCACUUUUCGACAGCCAAACACACGACAGCAUGGAGUUGGUUAUUAUUUUUUUACGGCUACGAUAUUCUCACAAUUAUCAUUGUUUUGUCUUUUUGGCAGAGUUUUCCACAUUAUCAUCAAUACACAAGGAUUCUCAAUUCAACCAAUAGUCAACAUUGUUUUAUGCAAAACUUUAUCUUUUCUUUUAUCGAUAAGUGGUCGGAUUUAUUAUUGGCUAAUUGUUUUUGUUACUAUUGAACGUGUUUAUGUAGUAAUUUACCCAACAGAAUUUUGGUUAAAACAACCCAGAGUUGCGAAAAAAAUCAUUGUUUUUAUAAUCAUUUGUACAUGUGCUUCACAUGCCCAUGAAUUAAUUAAAUAUACGAUUGUCAAUGAUCCACAUUAUGCAACAGAAGGUAAUUCAUUACAUUUUAUUAGCAAAGUCUUUGUUAUAUAUAACAUAGGAAAAUGGUGUGUAAUGGAAUUGAAUCAUUCUUUUCGAAUUUACAAUCAAAUAAAUACAAUGAUUCAUUAUUUAAGUUCAUUUCUGAUGAAUACUAUUUGUACAGCCAUAAUUCUAAUUGUCGUUACUCGUGUUCGUGCAAAUGCUGAUAGAAAGAAAUCUCGUUGGCAAAUAUUUCAGCAGGAAUUGAAGAAAAAGAAGGAAAUGCUGAUGCUACCAGUAACAAUUCUUAUUAGUGCUUUGCCUCAUCUCAUUAUUUCUUUCACAUUGGCUUGUACUGAUCUUGAUACAAAAUGGCAACGUUAUAUGCUUAUCAUAUCGUAUUUUGCUGCUUACAUACCACCAUCUUUAAGCUUUCAUCUAUGUGUUCAUCCAUCGAAACUCUUUCUACACGAAUUUCAUACGACGAAGAUGUGGAAGAUAUUGAAACGAAAAUGA